AUGAGCGAAGACUCACGCACUGAAACUUCUUCCACAGAGACUGAAGAAGAGAUCGUUCGUGGGGCGAAUACACAUGCAUCAGGUGGACGUGUUCCUUUGGUGGCAAGUGGUGCGCAAAGUUUAUCGACAGUCGGGAGCAGUUUGCGUGCUGCGUGCGCGGGGCCGGCUGUUCCACCUUCGCUCGCACAACCGCUGCCUUCAAAGCGAAAUGUACGCGACAACGAAAAUAUAAAGCGACGGCGGUUGGGAACUGAAGCUGCGGAUGUAGAAGUGGUACCGCGGAACGGCCAGCGUAGGCGUCGUGGCGCUGCGAAGACUGAAGCGCGUGUGGCGUUGCCUACAGUUGCGUCGCUCGAGAGCAGGCCAGGUUCAACGAGUGAAUGGCGGCGACAACGGAUGUCGCUGCACUCUCUCAGCCACGGUGUGGUGAUAGAUCUGAAUCGAGUGACGAUACCGGAACGAUACCGGCGGUGCCGAACCCCGUUAUCGAACCACGCGAUAGCGGCUAUUGCGCACGGCUGGGCGCCGGACGAUGUGUGCUCGAUUUGCGGUCUGGGUGGCGAUAUUGUCUGCUGCGACGAGUGUCCCAUGGGGUAUCACUUGCAGUGCAUCGGGUUGCCAUCGAUUCCAAGCGGAGAAUGGUUCUGCCCCGCUUGUGUACUGCGCAUCAAAGUCGAGGAGCGGAUGCGACAGGAGCUGGGUCUCGCAUCCUCACUAGGAGAACAUGCCAGUUCCAUACCAACGGGAUGGUCCCAGGGCUGGACUCGGCCGCCGACAAUGAAGGCACUACGAGAGGAAAGCACGACACAGGAGCCUAGACGGACAUCGCCAGGAAUAGCGGGCAUCAGAGGAACAGAUGAGCGCUUCCCCGGUUGCGGUGACGGCAUGAGCGAACCGCAUCCACCCCGGCCUGGUCCGAUAGCUGGCGCAGACAUUGGAAGCGAGCAUUGCGGACUCGCGUCUGCAGCGACCAAAGAAAGAAACGAGUCCGCGGUGCUGAACCACGAAGUCGUACAGACCAUCCAGGCUCCGGUGGAAGACGCUGCGAAACUGAGUCCCUUGGAAAGCGCGUUCACGGGCUCAAAUGCGGCCCAGCAACCGGGAAACGCUGCGCCUGGUUGGACGUCGAGCAUCGACGAGAAACAGCAGACAACCGCAAAUGUAAUGAGGUCGUUCGUGACGCACGCUGCAACGCAUCUGGCGGCCGUGCAAACAAACGUUUCCGCGGGGUCUAUGUCGAGGGAUGUGCGCCUGCCGCCACUGGUGCCCCCGUUGGAUACAGAACAAAGCAUGGAGUCGAUGCGGGGAAGAUACGCCUCGCGAGAUAUGACGAGAGCGGACGUCGCGUCUUCGACAUACUUGGCGACGAAAGCGCAGUUGGCAGACACCCCUGCUUCCCUACCGCCGAGCACGAGUACGGAUUCGAGAGGCGUUGCCUGGUCCGUGCUAGGUGCGAUUGCAGCCUUGAAACUUGCACCUUGGAAGGAAACGCAGCUUGUACAGAUGGCUUUGCGACAGGAUGAGCGCCUCAUUGGGCUCUAUCGUAGCUUCGGCGCCGAAAAAGAUCGAUUUCGCGACUAUGCGAUGCUUCUGCUGGAGGACGUGCGAGCUCGCCCCAAAUAA